CUUAUGUUUUUACUUACCUACACUAGCAAUCAUAGCAAACGGAGAAUUCAGCGUUGGUUAAUAUUUGGAUCAAACGUACAGUAAAAUACGAAAUUGGUUCGUAAAUUACGUUGAUGAAUCAUGAAUCAACGGCAAGGUCAAAAUGGAAACUAAUAUGUCGUGAUCAAUAAAUAGGCAGCAUUUUAGGCGUUUCCCUUUCAAAGGGCAAUGCGUUUCCCAUCACUUUUCUGACCAUGGCACCGGAUGAAUAGGAAAUCACCGAAAUCACGAUAAUUUAGAUGUAACGUGAGUACAUGGGUUAAAGUUGACUUUCGCACUUUUCGAUUUAUUGAGAGUUGAAUAGUGUCCAAUUUCUAGUACGAGAGGUGAAGCCUGUCUUGAAAGCUGGGAUCGAUCUACAACAACUAUCGGUGGUGUUUCCAAAAUUUGGCGGGAAAUGCGAAGGAAUCGCGCGCGCGGGAUAGGCAAGAAGCCUUGGGCCUUGGGCAAGAAGAAUCAGCGGGAGCAGAUCUUUUAUAUCAAGCGGGAGAAGCAAAAGGGAAGUUGGAAGUAGCCUGUAGCUGGACUGGACGGAUCGUGUCUGUGUGCUGUUCCUCGUUAGAACUUGAACGUUUUUAUAGUUCAAGUUAUUGCUUUAAAGAAAAAUACCUGUUGUUACUCCUAUUCUAAGAAAUGUCGGCGUCUGUAUUGACCGAGGUGAACCAGAACGUGCGCAGCUCCCCCUGCGAGUCUCCAUCGCCGAAGAAGAUGGCGACGGCUGCUGGCCGGCCAGUGCUGCGCUGCGUGCGGCUCUCGGCCAGCGCCAUCCUGCCCAAGCGCGGCUCCAAGGACGCUGCCGGCUACGACCUAUACAGCGCGCACGACUGCACGGUGCCGGCGCAGGGCAAGGCGCUGGUCAAGACCGACAUUCAGGUGCAGCUACCCGAGGGCUGCUACGGCCGCGUGGCGCCGCGCUCCGGGCUCGCAUGGAAACAGCACAUCGACAUCGGCGCCGGCGUCAUCGAUCGCGACUACCGCGGCAACGUGGGCGUCGUCAUGUUCAACCACGGCCGGGAGGAGCUGCAGGUGAAGCAGGGCGACCGCGUGGCGCAGCUGAUCCUGGAGCGCAUCUUCUAUCCGGACAUCGAGGAGGUGCAGGCACUGGAUGAGACCCAGCGCGGCCACGGCGGCUUCGGGUCCUCCGGCAAAAACUAGUCGGCUCCGAUAAUUGUGUUGGUAUCGGGAAACGACGUGUUUUUAUGGUUUUUUUUGUGUUUCUUUUUUCGAGAAAAAGCUGAAGAAGCCUUUCGUUUUGCUACCUCAUUCGCCAUUUUGCCACUCCUCAUUUUGUAAAAAUGCACCGUUUUGUAGGCUUUUAUAUCAUUUGGGAGUGAUGGGUAUUGUAGCAUAAAAAGUGGCUGAGGCGAUCUACAACUCAUCUGCCAGAAAUGGUCGUCAUGUGAUGGUUUUGUGGGGAGGCCCGUAGCUAUGUUACCUACGAGGCUGCGGAAUUGUUCCGGUGUUGUAACCGGUAAUUGCCACUCACCCCACCGUCCACAUCCCGAAUGUUCACCCUCGCUACCGAUGUUGCCCGUAAUUACAGUGGUCCCGCCGUUUCGCACUGCAGUCACGUUGCCGUCUUCAGAGCUAUCUCACAUUGCACCAGUAUUAAAAACUCUGUCCGUGGCUCUUCAGGCUUGGUGAUCUCGCUCCGUGCUGUCCGUCGAACUGUCCCUAUGCUGGUGUGACCUUAUUGAGUCCCAUGGUCCUGAGGUCUUCAGUUUGCUGAGCCUUAUGCCGCUGAGGUCAAACCAUUCGCUGAAGAAUUGCUCAGUUCGACCAUUUAGUGAAUGGCUAAAAAUAUGCCACCCUGACGGAUUGUUCGUGAAAUAAAGUGCUCGAAUAU